CAUUGCAAACAAAACUCAUCUCGAUCAACAAUCUCAUCUUGUACUCUAGUGGUUAAGGAAAAUCCAAACACUAGCUACUAGCUACAAGAGUUUGUACGAGAUGGCCUCCAAAACUUGUUCCUCCCUUGCUGUUUUCCUCACACUCAACCUCAUCUUCUUUUCACUAGUCUCUGCUUGUAAUAGUGGAUGCCCUGGUCCAAACCCAAAGCCCAAGCCCAGCCCAAGCCCAAAGCCAAAGCCAAACCCCAACCCUAGCCCAUCUUCAGGUGGUUCAUGCCCCCGUGACGCUCUCAAACUAGGCGUGUGUGCCAAUGUGCUAAAUGGGUUGUUGAACGUGACAUUGGGUCAACCACCAGUGACACCGUGCUGCACCCUCCUCGACGGUCUUGUUGAUCUUGAAGCUGCUGUCUGCCUCUGCACUGCCCUAAAAGCUAACAUUUUGGGCAUCAACCUCAACCUUCCCAUCUCACUCAGCUUGCUCCUCAACGUUUGCUCAAAGAAAGUCCCACGUGACUUCCAAUGCGCCUAAUCAGCGUAUCUACUUUGGCCUUCGCGUUUGCUAUUUAGUUGUGGCUUUUCUCUGUUUUUAUUAUUUCCAUUGUGUGGUUUUUCAUUACACGUGCAUGGAUGAUUAACUGCUCGUUAUUCCUUCAGUUCAGUAUUUCUUUCCUCAUGUGAGAGUGUUUGAGUAAAUAAAUUCCCUGUGCUUACUCAUGUGUAUCGCAAGGGAACCAAAGAUGGUGAACAAUAGUGUCAUUUAUUUGAUUCAGAUUUGAUUAUAAAUGUCAUAAAUCCUUGUUAAAUAA